CUCCAGCCUGGGUGAAAGAGCGAGACUCCGUCUCAAAAUAAAUAAAUAAAUAAAUAAAUAAAUAAAUAAAUAAAUAAAUAAAUACAUGAAUAAAUAAAAAUGUAAGAAAUGAAUAAAUAGGUUACUCUGGUUGCUAUGUUGAUAGUACAGUGGAGUGGGGCUGUGUGGAGGCAGAGGUGCCCUAGGAGGCACUGGUCCUGGCAAGAAGGGAGCUGGCUCGGGUCGGGUGGUAACAGUGGGGAGGGAGAGGGCAGAUCCUGGAUGUAUUUUGAAGGGAGAGCUGGCAGGAUUUGCUGAUGGGUUGAAGGUGGGGUUUGAGAGACUAGAGGGUUCGAGGAUGAUUCCAAGGCUUUUGGCCUGAGAUGGUGGGAAAGACUGUAGAAGGAGCAAAUUAGAAAUUGUGAGGAGUAGAGAGGGAGGAAGCGAGUUUGUUUUGGGGGUUGUUGGAGCUCUAGUGAAAUGCCCACUAGACAGUUGUGUUUUGGUCUGGAGUUCGGAGACGAGCUCUAAGCUAGAGAACCCUGGGAGUGAUCAGAGUUUCAUGGUGUCUGUGAGAUUGCCUAGGGAGUGAGUGUAGACAGACAGGACGUAGAAAGGCGGAUCCUGAGAAUGGCAGUAUUUAUAGAUCUAGGAUGGGGUUUGCAAACUCUUUCUUAAAGAGCCAGAUCGUAGAUAUUUUAGGCUUUGCAGGCUGCACAGUGUUUACUGCAGCUACUCAGCAUUGCUGCUGCAGCACAGAAGCAGCCAUAGAGGACAUAUAAAUGAAGGAGCAUGGCUGUGUUCCAAUAAAACUUUAUUUACAAAGCAAGAAACCCACCCACGGGCCUUAGGUUUGCUGACCUUGGAUCCAGGACACUGGAGAGGAACCAGCAAUGGGGACUGAAGCAGGAGCAGCCGGGAGAUUCGGGUGGACCAGGAGAGGAGGUUGCCUCAGAAACUAAGCAAAGCAUUUUUGCAGAAGAAAGUAGUGAUCUGCUGGGUCAAAUCCUGCUGGCAUAAGAACCUGAUGAAGUCCUCCGAUAUCGAUCAGGAUUUAUUUACAGACAGUUACUGCAAGGUGUGCAGUGCACAGCUGAUCUCCGAAUCGCAGCGUGUGGCCCACUACGAGAGUCGAAAACAUGCAAGCAAAGUCCGACUGUAUUACAUGCUUCACCCCAGGGAUGGAGGGUGUCCUGCCAAGAGGCUCCGGUCAGAAAAUGGAAGUGAUGCCGACAUGGUGGAUAAGAACAAGUGCUGCACACUCUGCAACAUGUCAUUCACUUCGGCGGUGGUGGCCGAUUCCCAUUAUCAAGGCAAAAUCCACGCCAAGAGGUUAAAACUCUUGCUAGGAGAGAAGACCCCAUUAAAGACCACAGCAACACCCCUGAGCCCACUUAAGCCCCCACGGAUGGACACUGCUCCGGUGGUCGCAUCUCCCUAUCAAAGAAGAGAUUCAGACAGAUACUGUGGGCUCUGUGCAGCCUGGUUUAAUAACCCUCUGAUGGCCCAGCAACAUUAUGAUGGCAAGAAACACAAAAAGAAUGCGGCAAGAGUUGCUUUAUUAGAACAACUGGGGACAACCCUGGAUAUGGGGGAACUGAGAGGUCUGAGGCGCAAUUACAGAUGUACCAUCUGCAGUGUCUCCCUAAACUCAAUAGAACAGUAUCAUGCCCAUCUGAAAGGAUCUAAACACCAGACCAAAUGGAAGGUUAGUGUGAAAACACUUACUCUACCAUCGUUGAAAAUCCUGAAGAAUAAGUAGUGAAAGCAUCAAUCAAGGGAUAAGAACAAAAUAUCAGCAUUUCUCUGCCGUGGAGAAUUGCUUAUCAACCACCAGAGGAGGCUUCUUUCUUGAACAAUAAACAUUUCCUACAAGAAUUCACAGAUUCACCUACGACUGAUCUUGAUUUUUGGAAAUGAAUGAGGUUUCUUUUUUCUUUUUCCUUUUUUUAAUUUUGGGGUAAGUUAUGAUAUUUGGAUGGAUUUUUAAAUUCUUUCCUGAUAACACAUUUAGCACAUGUUCUAAAUUAUAAUCCUAUAGCAAACAGUUGGAGCAUUAUUCAAACUGAAAGUGGAAAAAUUUAAAUUUCCAAUCUAUUCUAGAUUUCCUCAGAGCAUAAUUAUUCUGUUAAAUCCUCAAUGAGUGUGAUGUCAACCACCUCUAUCCAGAAAUAUACAUUCUUUUCUCACCAUGUUGGACACAGUUGAGGGUGACAUGCACAGAACCGGAACAGAUCACUAUUAGUGGAAAAUACCAAAUGGACAAAUAAAUACCAAUCCUUCUCCGUUCUCCAAGCACAGGAGCCAGGUUUACCAUCUGGACAAUGAAGACGAAGAGAGUAAAUAAAGGAAGAAUUCUCACCUUUUUUUCUGAUCAUUCAAAGAACAGUUUCUCAAGGUUAAGCCAAGUCCUCCUUGCAAGUUGCCAAAUAAUAGCUUAGGAAAAGAUUCUUAGUCUGCCUGCAUGAUGACCUUAGGCAAAAACGUCUUCACAGCCCUUGACCUUGGUGAAUUUUUUCCCCCAAAAGCAUCCAAAAGAAGAAUUAUAAACCCCAGAAUGAGAUGGAGAUAAAUGAGUAUUUUUUUUUUUUUUUUACGGUGUUUGGCCUGAACUGUGGGCUUUAAUUUGGGGAUACUGAUGGUUUGGAAAGAAGCGAGAAAAUUCUGAAGAAAUGGUGGCCUUGGGCUAGGCGGGGUCCCCUAUUUCUUCUGUUUCUCACUGAAGUCCUGCUGCUGAGCCAAGACUCAGUCGCUUUGGAAAGAGCAAGACUGAUGAGGAAAACAGUUGCUUUCUGAUGGGGAGCGUCUGAGUGCAGACCGUGAGGCUCUUUCUCUAGGUUUAAUUCUUUUCCAUGGUGACCGGACUUGGUGUCUUGCAGCCUGGUUACAAAGUGGGACGUUGAGCUUCUACUGACGAUGCCCUGCAUGGACCAGCUGGGAUCUGGCUGGGGCUGCCCUGUGUCCCUAGCGACCAUAGGCAAUCCAUCUUCUUGCGUCAGCAAUUUCUGGACACCCACUGUUUUCCACCAAGAGCCGAGGUGGCAACAACUCAGUGAGCAAUAAACAAAAUGACACAGAAAUGCACAAUGUUGUUAGGAAGGAGCCUGUUUCCCUGUGUUCAAAAUCUGGCACCAUUCCCUUGAGCAGGGCCCGCUCAGGAGGGACAAGGUCUGCCAGUUUCUGUGCCUGCAGAGAGAGGAAGCCCCACCAGCCACACCCUGCUCUAUGAGAGGAAAGGGGGUUGGAUGGGAAGAAUCUAUUUUGCUGUUUUGGAAAGCACACAGCCGACCUACAAACCUCCUGUGAUGGUGUUUCUUCGGAUGUGUAAAAUAAGCCUUUAUUUGUCAAUUCUGCUGUAAAAUAAGCACUGUCCAAGUAAAAACAGCAACAACAACAAAACACUGUUUCUGUUUGGGUUCAGUGACUGAGCUUAUGCCCUAAAGUGCUGUGCAUGUGUGUGUGUGCGUGUGUUUGUUUUUUUAAAAUAACCUAAUAUAUAAAAGUCUAUGAACAUAGAUUUUUACUUUACAGAGAGGCUAUGCCAAACUCUUUAUAGAUAAGCUUCCGGCCAUAAUAAUCAGAUUAUUUCAGAAUUCCUCAUCUAAAUACCAUUGCCCUUUGGCAACCUGUCAAAUGCUAGUGAAUACUCUGCAAGAGGUUUUGUGUGUUUGUUUGUUUUCAAAUUUCUUUAUUUUUGCCCAUGCCGAUAAUGGAAAUUAUCAUUCUAGUGUACCCUGGAGAUGACAUAUUUAGUUUUAGGCAGGAAGGGGCUGCUAAUGUUGUUUACAUUUUGGGAAUUCUGGAAUGGAAAGAUUCCUACUUGGGAAGCCAGCUGUUUGUGGUUGUCUUUUCUGUUUGGUUUGCUGUGGUUAUGUUUGUUCAGCUAAGUGAUAUCUUACCUUCCCAUUCUUUUAUGAGUGGAUGGAAGUGGGAUGGAAGGUAAAUGUUUUCAAAUAACCAAAUCAAUUCUGAAGGAGAGGAAAGAGACCCACACAGACCCGGGUGUGUCCCUGUCUUACGUCCAGUCCACCCUGGAGCUGCUGACACGUGGUCCCAGCAGAGACUCCGGGCAAGCUGAGAACAUGAGUCAAGUGAUUUUCUGUAAAAUGUUAAUUCAAAGGACCUAGGAGAGAACCCAUACAUUUGAAAGAGUGAAGCUAUUCAAAUUAUCAAUAUUUAAAGUAUUUUUACUAUUCCAGAGUUUUUAUAAUAAUGUUAACUAAACUAACCAAAUACUGCCCAUUUAAAGUUUUGCUGCAGUGGGGGAAAAAUUGUUCAAAAUUAACAUAACACACAAGCUUAAUGGACUCCUUAAACUAUAUCAGAGUAAAAUUAUUUGUAUUUAAAAGGUUAGUGGCUAUAUGGUUGAAAUUUGCAAUAAACUUCAGGUAGUAAAGUAGAUAACUCUGAUAAGUAUUCUUUUUAAAAAUUAUACAAUACAAACAUAUGACUAAUAUGUUAGAUCCUGGACUGCCCUAACCUUAAAAUUUUGGUGAGGUGAAAUUAGGAAACAAUGAAUAACAAAAUAUGUAGUGUUGAUAUUUGGUAAGUGGAUUGCAUUUAUAUAUUUGACAAAACAUGGAACUUUAUUUUAGGACCUUCAUUGUGAAUUUUCCCAGCAUGAUUUAAUAAAACUGUAGUAUGUGAAUAUAAAAAAAAAAAAAGAAGAUAAAACACUCCUAUAGUCUUGGUCAUACAAUUAAUUUACUUUGCAAAAAGUUUUUCUUCGUCAGUGCAGAGGUAAGCUUCAGGCUAGCACCUGUGCCAGAGGCCACAAAUGCCACGGUAGUGAAACCCAAAUUAAUGAGCCUUCGUUAAAUUUAGUCUCCAAAGCCCAGUGAACUAAUAAAUAUAGUCAUAAAGUAACCUGCUAAGUAGAGGGGACUACAGUGAUUCCUUUGGCUGAUAAAGGUAGUAAUAAAACUCUCAUCCGCAAUUGCUUGACUACAAAGACAGAUAGGAUUUGUGUUUCACUUGCUUGUUAGACAUAUAUAAGCAUAAAUUGGAACUGAAAGAGUCUUUACACUUUUCUAUUGACAUGAGUUUAUUAGGUCAACCAGACCGAAGGAUGAAAAAUUUAAGAUACAUGAAAAAUACUAAAACUCCCAUAGGAACAUUUGAACCUUCUGGAUGGGGCUGGGGGUGGAGUGUGGGAGCAUCCUAACUCUUCCAAAGCUGAUAUUUUGAGUCGGAAAUUUCUGACGGGUCAGUGUGAACACAAAAUAUUAAAGGCCUACUAAGAAAAUUACCUUUUAAACUGCCAGGUAAUAAAAUAACUAUACUCUCUCUAUAUUCCAUCCAAACAAAAUAUUCAUUGUUCACUUGACCCACUUAUAUGAGGAACUGUUUUUCUUUUGUGACCAGAAUAAGGAGGGUUCAAUCAACAUAUUAUUGUGGAGAUAGGCUUUUUUUUUUUUUUUUCUGGCUCCUACUUAAUUUGUUUGUAAUAAAGACAAGCUAGGCUACCUCGUAGGAUUCUGGUGUGGAUUCGCUAAUUAAUAAAUACCAAGUGCUUAAAAAUAUGGAUCUCUGUAUAAAUCCUGCCUUAAUUUGUUUUCUAGUUUAAGAAGUUUAAGAUGUGCAUGUCAAAUCAACUGUCUGAAUAUUUGAUUGUAAUAUUCAUGUUUGCAAAUUUGGCUUUAAAUUUAAGAUAUAAAAAUUUUGAUGUGAAAUGGAAUCUUAGCAUGGGUUGAGAGCAUCUAACCCAAAACUGGCAGAUAUAGCACCUAGGGAAACAAAAAGCACCUGGAAACCAAACCAAAGUGUUUUUAGAAGGCAUUUUUGACUGGGCGCAGUGGCUCACGCCUGUAAUCCCAGUACUUUGGGAGGCUGAGGCUGUCAGAUCUCUUGAGGUCAGGAGUUCAAGACUAGCAUGAUCAACAUGGUGAAACCCCAUCUCUACUGAAAAUACAAAAAUUAACUCGGUGUGGUGGUGCAUGCCUGUAAUCCCAGCUACUCCAGAGGCAGAGGCAGGAGAAUUGCUUGAACCCAGGUUGCGGAGGUUGCAGUGAACCGAGAUUGUGCCAUUGUACUCCAGCCUGGGUGACAGAGCAAGACUCUGUCUCAAAACAAACAAACAAACAAAAAGCAAUUUAAAAGAAGGAAAGGAGGGAGUCUCAGCACUGGUUUGAGAAGUAAAUUAAGUGAUUCUGUGUUAUAAUAAUUAAAAUGCCAAGAUUCAUCAAUGAGUUACAUAAAAAGUAGACUGGAUUUAAAGUGAAGACUAUGAUAAUGUAAUCCUUACUUCACUCCCAUGUUGAGUGAAAGGUAAAGGGAAAUCAUAGCUAGUCCACAUAUUUCUAAAUACCUGCAAGAGUGACUGUGCAGAUGAACUUGAUUUGUGUCUUCAUAGAAAAAUGUUGAGCGCUAUUUUUUUAAAUGAUAUAGCCCAAAGAGAAAAGAGCGAAAUUAAUAUCUAACAGUUUCUUAGUAACACCAUCUGAAGGCUCUAUGGUAACUAGUUAAAAGAUGAUUUUACUGCUGGCUGAACUGCGCUGCCAUUUUCCCCUUAUGAUUAAUUACUCCUUAGUCACUAUUCUGAGUAGAAGUUUUAUUUGCUAAUUUCAAAUGCCUCUACUUAAUUAGCAAUUCGUUCUGACCUUUAAAAACUACAUUCUAUAAUCUUCAAAUUAUAUGAGCACUGGAAAAAAAAAAAAUCCAAUUUUACCUGCCUCCCACCACCAGCCACCCAUAGCGGGUUACAUUGUUUCUGAGAUACCGUGAAACUAUUGUACUGUGUCAAACUUGAGUUAACCGUGGUCAUUUGAAAUCCAGGCUAAAGUUCCUUCAUCCUUCAGGGAGUCAGUAGGUUCAGUGAGAGGUAGGGAUGCCCCAACUUCAGAGAGUUGAGGUAAUGUAUGAUGUAGCACAUUUGACUGGUAUAUUUUUUUUUAAUUAAAGAAAAAUAAGAAAAGGCUACACACAAUAAUGAAUUCCCUUUUGUAUCCUUACUCGCAACUCUCUUUUGAGAAUUCUCAGCACAUUUUCCACUUGAAUUGUUGCUCAAUUAAGUGUCUGACACUAAGACCAUCCAAAAUUAGCAAUAUGAGGUUUCCUUGGGGUUACGAAGUCAGUGGCCAAGGGGUCUACUUUGAGAUCAAUUUUUUAAAAUUCUCGUAUUUCUUGCAAUUGUCUUUAUUGCUGGAUGGGGUGUUAAUCAGGGUGCAUAACAUUAGUGCUGAUGAUUUUACUGUUGAUAAUUCAAAGAGUUACCAUGUUGAGUCAACCUCAUAUCCCAUUAAUCCACUGCUCCGACUCUAAAUAGUCUCUAAGAAUCUCAUAAUCAAGGGAUAUGAUUUGUUUCCCUGAUAUUAGUUCCAAGGAACUCAUUAAUACUAGAUAUAUGCAAGCAGGAAGCCGGAAUAUUUCUCUAUUUUUCAAAAUUACAAUAUUUUUGGCUGAUUUUGAGAAUAAUGGAAUCAUAGGCAGUCACUAUGCAAGGAAGGCAUUCUACAGCAGCCCUUAUCCUCAGAGCCUCAGAGUCAGCACACCCUGCAGCGAAACCACAACUCCUACCCUCAGCUGUCCCCAUUUGGAGGGCAUCCACUGUUGGCUUUAGGGCCAUCCAUACAUGGUUUAAGUUUGUCAUCCUUCUUGUGAAUCAAUUCUUCCUGUCAUUUGUUAGAUCCACUUGGUAGCUUUCAUAUUGAUUGGCUCUAAGGACCCCAUUUUCAGAACGCUGGGGUGUUUAGUCGUUUUUUCCACCACUCUUCGGUUUAACCAGAGCACAUUGCUAUUAAAAAGGUGACUGGUAACAUGACAACACAAUCGGUAUAUAGAAGAUAUUUGCCAUUUUGGAGGUGUAUUUUUUUGAAAGCCAACAGGUUUCCACGUUCAAGUAGUUACAUGUCUAUAAGCUUCUUUCCUCAUUAUCCCCUUCUUUACCACUUAAUUGAAGGCCAAUUACAGGCCCAUCUCUUACAUCUUUAUAUAAGCUACCAUGUUUUGGUGUCCUUUAGUUGUAGAGAGUUUAAUUGUGAUGAAACCUAAUCAAGAACCCUUUAAAAGCCACCUAUGGGGGCGUGUAAUAAAAUGAUGUUCCCCUGGGGGUUUGUAUCAACCAUUUAUUUCUUUGAUAGUGUUGAAUUGUAAAUGAACUAAGUGCUUGAGCUUUUUAUUUUUCUAGUCACUCGUGGGUUCAAAAACUGCCCAUCUUCCUUAUGCAUGGUGAACCUUUCUGUACGUGGAAUUGACUCAGUCUUUCUCCAUUUAUACUUAGUAACACAUCUUCGUUACUUCAGGGUCUCUUCUCUGUAGAUGUGCAGUGCAAGAAGGAAUACAGCCCCCACUUGUAGGAAUUGACUCAUACUCUCUGACUUAUUGCUGCGAUUUGAGGCAAAUAUAUCCUUUUUCUUUUGAAAUUAUCUUCUUUAGCCAACUUUCUCUGAGAAUUGAGAUGGGAACCCCUAAAAGGGAAAAACCAAUAAUAAAACCCAUUUCUGUGCUAAACUCUAGUUACCCAGUUUAUAACAAGUAGUAAAAGGAUCAUUACGUUAAGUUUAUAAUAUAUUUACAUACUAAGUAAUUAAUUAUUUAAUAUAAAGUUUCAAAGAAUAUUCUUAUAGAGGAAAUGGUACAGGAGUUUGAAAACCCAUAUUUAGAAUAUGAUUUUGCCAUUCACUGGCCUUGAGAUCUCGGGCAAGCUUAAGUUACCCAAUAUCUAAAGUGGGGAUAAUAGAAUUUCUUCUUGAGUUGUAAAGAGGAAACAAACUUACUAUGUGCAUUUCUUCUUCUCUUCUCCACCAUCAAAAUAGCUAAUAACUGUGCAGUCUAAUACAGAACCAUUGAAUGGAGAGCUGGAAGAGAUCUUUGAGACCAUGUUAUCUGUCUCCCCUAUUUUGAACGUUCUAGUUGUUAAAAAUAUGCCAUGAAAUAGAACCUUAUGAAGGAGAGGAUCAGCGCUAGUUUAACUCUUGUAGCAAAUAGCUCCCCAGAAAGGCAAAACUCAAAGUGUUACAGAAGUUGUCAUUGUGAGUUCCCAAAAGGCACCUGUUUUCUCCUCCCCAUCAUCUUCACUCAUGUAUUUCUGCCAGCAUCCCCUCCUGCCCCUCAAGCCUCAUGCCUCUCUGCCAGCAGCCAGUCAGGCUUUUAAUCAGUAUGAGGACCUCACCCUUGCAUGUGGCUGAAGAAUAUUCAAGUGAGGAGAUGGGCCAGUUACAAGCCCUUCUCCUACCUCUUUAUGUAAGCUACUAUCUCUUGGUGUCUGGGAGCAGCUGGUGAGGAGAGCCUGAGAUCAAUUUUACUCCAGCACAGAAGGAAAAGACAUGCUGCUUCGCAACAUUUUCCCGCAGGAAGAGCAGAGUUCAACAUAUGUUCUUAUAUAGUAUUUGUAUGCAGCAUACAUGCAUAUAUGCAUAUAAAUAUAAAUCGACUACAGCACGACCUCUUUAUUUUGACAUUCUUUCCUGUUCUUUAGUGAGGUGCAGGAUGAAUAACACAGCUGUGGAUGUCUCCCUUUUGUUCCUUUGUCUCAUGAUAGGAGCCAUUUAACUAAAUAUGAAGCUGGAUUUAUGACCGCCAGUCUGUUUGAGUGGUAAUGAAUGUCAGACAGACAUUGCUGAGUCAUAAACUCAGUGAGUUUGAGCCUAACUCACUGCAUAAAUCAGCUUUCUACACGUUAGCCCCCUAUUCCAGAAAGUUGGCUCACUACAAACAGACAUGAAGCUCCAACAACCCAGUCUUCCAAAUAUAUCUGCCCCUUGACAUCCCAAUUUUUUUUUACUGUUGACCGAUUAGAAUGCUGUCUUUGUUCAGAAAUUUGCCCUAUGAUUCAAGGAGUUCUUCACGUCAUGAAUACCAGAGAAGCAGGCAUGCUGUUGGUGUGUAGACAGAAUCUUCAUGAUGGGGGUGGACAGUGGAUUCCUGUGGGUUGGAGCCUACUUAUUUCUGCUUAGUUCUGUGGCAAGCAUGAUAGGUUUAGGAAGUCCCUGAGACAAUGAGAGCCCUGCUUGGCAAUGAGAGAGGUCUGGGAAUAUACAGUUGCCCUUCUACUUAGAACUUGGGGUUCCUGUGAUAUUCAGACUGCUACGUAUUCACAUAUCUGGCUUUGGUCUCCUUGUACAGUCAACAUGUGCCCCGAGUGAUGACUGCUCUGUCUAGUGCUCUACUCCUAGGUCCCUUUUCCAGGAGCCUGGUCCCUAAAUGGAAUUUGUGUUUAUUUCACCAGCCCCCUCAAUCUUGAUGAGGUGUGCUACUAAUUUCCCCUGCAGAGGUGACUUCUGUUCUGGUUAGCUCUUUUAUGCCAGCGAUUACUAAGCUUCCAAACUUUUUCAUGCUAGGAGUCUUCUCAUCAACUGUGGACAGGAUACUGACAGUUCAACAAGUAGAGAAAAACAGUGGAGGCAUGGGUUUAUAUGGUCUGCACACUUUUUUAAAAAAAACCAGCUUCACUGGUUCAGGUAUCUGAAGGGAUUAAAUAAAUCGUUCACAGAAUUAAAAAUGAAUGUAAUUUGAAACUCUGCCUAUGAAUUGGGAGCAUCAAAAUGCAGUCACAAAAAGGGAAAUGAAAUUUAGGAGAUGGUGGUUUUAGCCAUGUCCCGCCAGUAGAGAAACUUGGGACUUUGUAAAGCAAGUUACUUUUAUUUCUCCAGCCCCAACUUUUAAAGGUAAAACAAGGGAGAGAUGGAUCUAAUGGUCUCAGUUACUGCCUGGUAUAUUUGAAAUCAAUGGAAUAUUAAAGAAAAUGACUGUCCAUUUUUACUGCCAUACAGUAUAACAAAGUAGUAUAGCCUGCUUUAAGAUAAUUUCAGUAUUUAAGAAUGUGAAUUAAAACAACUCAGAAAAGUGAAUUUGAAAAGAGCACACGAGGAUAACACUGAUGCUGCCUGCAUCAGUAAAUGAAAUUUGCAAUGACUUUGUCUGGAAUAUUAUACUAGCAUCAACUCCCAAAUGUGUCCAGAGAGUUUCUGGAAUUUUACCCUGUGCCCUUAGCUUUUACUCUGAUGCCAUCUCCACUGGCCUCUCAUAUAAUAUGGUUUCUGACUCGUUUACUUUUCAUUAUUGCAGAUGUGCAAUUGUCCAAUAUGUCCCUGGUUUCAGUUUACAGUGACAGAGUUGCCUUAGUUCUAUAACCAAAUAUGUAAAGCAAUUUAAAUAACUAAAACAAUUAAAAAAAAGAACAUUGACUUCAAGAUCAAAUCAAUGUAUAGGUUAUAGGCAGCAGAAGGAAAGGUCUCAUCCCAGCCACAGUGACAGACUAUUCUGCAGCCUAGGUAUUGUCAGAAGCACGCAUGUGUAGCUGUGUUGUUCUGUUGCACAGCAGGGUGAAUACAGUUAACAAUAAUUUAUUGUAUAUUUCAAAAUAUCUGGAAGAGAGGAUUCUGAAUGUUCUUACCACAAAGAAAUGAUAAAUGUAUGAGAUGAUGGAUGUGUUAAUUAUUCUCAUUUGAUGAUUACACAAUGUAUACAUGUAUUGAAAUGUCACACUGUACCCCAUAAAUAUAUAUAGUUAUGAAGUGUCAAUAAAAUGCUCAACAAAUUAGACAUAGAAGGAAUGUAUUUCAACAUAAUUAAGGUCAUAUAUGACAAACCCAUAGCUAAUAUCAUACGGAAUGGAAAAAUGUUGAAAUCUUUUUCUCUAAAAUCUGAAACAAGACAAGGAUGCCAACUCUCACCACUCUUAUUCAAGACAAUACUGGAAGUCCUUGCCAGAGCAAUUUGGUAAGAGAAAUAAAGGACAUCCAAAUUGGAAAGAAACAAGUUAAAUUGUCCCCAUUGGCAGAUGACAUAAUAUUAUAUAUAGAAAACACUAAAGACUCCACUAAAAAAUUCAAUGCUGAUACACAAAUUCAGUAAAGUUGCAGGAUACAAAAUCGAUAUAGAAAAAGCAGUAGCAUUUUAUACCUUAAUAGCAAACUAUCCAAAAGAGGAAUCAAGAAAACAAUCCUAUUUGCAAUAGUUACAAAAAAAAUACAUAGAUGUAAGUUUAACUAAAGAGAUAAAAGAUUUCUACACAAAACUAUAAAACACGGACAAAAGAAAUUGAAAAGACACAACUUAAUGGAAUGAUAGCCCACACUCAUGGAUUAAAAUAAUUAAUAUUGUUAAAAUGUUCAUACUACCCAAAGCAAUCUACAGAUUCAAUUCAAUCCAUAUCAAAAUACCAAUGACAUUUUUCACAGAAAUAUGAAGUCACUACCUGACUUCAAAAUAUACUACAAAGCUAUAGUAAUCAAAACAGCAUGGAAUUGGCAUAAAAAAUAGACACAUAGAUCAAUGCAACAGAAUAAAGAACCCAGAAAUAAAUCCACACACUUACAACCAAGUGAUUUUUGACAAAGAUGCCAAAAACACACAAUAGAGAAAGAAUAUUGUCUUUAAUAAAUAGUGCUAGAAAAAUUUGAUAUUCAUAUGCAGAAUAAUGAAGCUAGACCCUUUUUUUCUCACAAUGCACAAACAUCAACUCAAAAUUAAUUAAAGAGUUAAAUGUAGAGCCUGGAAUGAUAAAACGAUUAGAAGAAAACACAGAGAAAACACAUCAUGAUACUGGUAUAGGCAGAGAUUUUUUGCAUAAGACCCCAAAAGCACAGUCAUAAAGGUGAACAUUGACAAAUGGGAUUACAUCAAACUAAAAAUCUUUUGCACAGCAAAUAAAACAAUCAACUACUGUAGAUGAAAAUAUGACCUACAGUAUAGAAGAAAAUAUUUGCAAACUAUGCAUCUAACAAGAAGUUAAUAUUCAGAAUAUAUAAAGAACUCAAACAACUCAAUAGCAGAAAGACAAUAUAAUUUAAAAAUUGGCACAUACCGGGCAUGGUGGCUCAUGCCUGUAAUCCCAGCACUUUGGGAGGCCGAGGUGGGUGGAUCACGAGGUCAGGAGAUCAAGACCAUCCUGGUUAACACGGUGAAACCCCGUCUUUACUACAAAUAGAAAAAAUUAGCCAGGCAUGGUGGCGGGCGCCUGUGGUCCCAGCUACUCGGGAGGCUGAGGCAGGAGAAUGGCGUGAACCUGGGAGGCAGAGCUUGCAGUGAGCCGAGAUCAUGCCACUGCACUCCGGCCUGGGCGACAGAGCAAGACUCAAUAUCAAAAAACAAACAAACAAAAAAAAGGCACAAAGCCUGGAUAGAUAGCUCUUAAAAGAAGACUUACAGAUGGCUAACACGUAUAUGAAAAAAUGUUCAAUAUCAUUAAAUACUAGGGAAAUACAAGUCAAAACUACAAUAAAAUGUUAUCUCACAUUAUUUAGAAUGACUGUUAUCAAAAAGACAAAAAAUAACAAAUGCUGGUGUGGAUGUGGAGAAAGGGGAACUCAUAUACUGUUGCUAGGAAUGUAAAUUAGUAUAGCCAUUAUGGAAAACAGUAUGUAGGAUCCUCAAAAAAUUAAAAAUGGAAUUACUAUAUGACCCAGCCAUCCCAUUACUGACUAUAUACCCAAAGGAUUUGAAAUUAUAUGUCAAAGAGAUGCCUGUACCCCCAUUUACUGCAGCACUAUCCACAGUAGCCAAGAGAAGGAAUCAACCUUAAUGUCUAUCAAUGAAUGAAUGGAUGAAAAAACAUGUGAUAUACAGGCAUACCUCAUUUUAUUGCACUUCACUUUAUUGUACUUUGCAGAUACUGUGAUUUUUAUAAAUUAAAGCUUUGUGUCAACUCUGUGUAGAGCAAGUCUAUCAACACCAUUUUUUUCCAAUAGCAUGUGCUCACUUUGCAUCUUUGUGUCAGCAUUUUUUAGUAAUAGAGUAUUUUUUAAUUAAGAUAUGUACAUUUGUUUAGACAUAAUGUUAUGGCACACUUAAUAGGCCACAGUAUAGUGCAAAUAUAACUUCUAUAUGCACUCAGAAAAAAAAAAGUGACUUGCUUUAUUGUGAUGGUCUGCAAUGAACUGGCAGUAUAUCCAAGGUAUGUCCAUAUGUACAGAAUGAAAUACUAUGCAGCCAUAAAAAAGAAAGAAAUUCUGUCAUUGCAACAACAUGGAUGAACCCAGAGGAUGUUUUAUUAUGUGCUAUAAGCCAGGCACAGAAACACAAAUACCCCAUAGGAUCUCAUUUACAUGGGGAAUCUAAAGAAUUUAACCUCAUAGAAAUAGAGAGUAGAAUGAUGGUUACCAGAGGACGGAGAUGGUUGGAGGAAGGGGUAAUAGGGAGAGAUUAGUCAGUGGGUGCACAGUCACAGCUAGACAGGAGGAAUAAGUCCUGGUGUUCUAUCCACAUUAAGGUGACUAUGGUUAACAAUUUUGUACUGCAUGUUUCAAAAUAGCUAGAAGAGUGGACUAUUAAAUAUUCCACCACAAAGAAAUGAUAAAUGUUUGAGGUGAUGGAUGUGCUAAUUACCCUGAUUUGAUUUUUACACAAUGUACACGUGUAUCAAAACACCACGCUGUAUCCCAUAAAUAUGUACAACUAUUAUGUAUCAAUUGAAAACAAAAUAAAAAAAAAAACAAAAUAAAAAAA